CCAUCUCCCCACCACUGUCCCUCAGACAAGAUGCAGCCCCUCCUCCACCACAAACUCCUUUUAGCAGGAGAAAACAACAAAUGCAUCCCUCUCCUCAACCAUCUUUAAGAAAAAUGAGUCCACCUCCAUCUCCUCAGCUGAAUAUGAGGCCUGCAGGCAGUAUUCAGCACAGAGAAGUUGAGAGACCCCCAUCCUCUUUUCCAACACAAAGAGCAUCUCCAACACCUUCACGACACAGUUAUGCAACACGACCUGAGUUUCAACAGCCUAUGUCACCUCAACUAACAAGAAGUCGAAGGCCACCAUCACCAUCACCAUCAAGAACAUCCAACAGACAUUUAAAUGAAGUUCAAGAUGUUCCCACUGGAACUCCACCACUCAGAUUUAGAGGACGUAACAAUGUACCUAUGAGAGCUGUUAAACCAUCGACAGGAAAUCCAUACAUGCAAAGAAUGGGUCAUCCUGGUGCCCGAGUGAUACAAAAUGUCCCCCCAUUUAGGUCAUCAAUAAGAGGGCCAGGUCGUGGUGCAGGACCUGGGGUUCAAUCCCCACUUUCUACUCCUCAGCUAUCAGCAAGGCAUGGGAUUCAUCCAGGAACCCCUAAACCUCUGAGGAGCUCUCAAAGACCUGUUGGCCGAGGCCGUCCUGUGGUAGGGGUCCCUCGUAAUCCCCCUUCUCCAAGGCAGUCGAUUAGAAGGAUGGGUCCCCCAGUAAAUAUAGAGACCCAAAGACCACCAUCACCACAACCUUCCCUGAAACGAAUGGGGCCUCCGUCACCACAACCUUCAAUAAGACACCUCUCAAGCAGACCAGCCUCACCUCAACCUUCAUUAAAACGUGGCUCACCCUUACCAACAAGAUCACCAUCACCCAGAGAUCUGUCAUCUCCAGUUCUGACUGAUGCUUUGCAAAAUCGCAAUAUUCAAAAUGCUUCCUUUAGGUCACCCCUUCCAGGAUAUGAUCCGUAUUCUCCUGUCAUUACAGAGUUUGACCAGACAAUAGAACAAGGCCCAUCUCCACUUCUGUCAAGUGCUUUACAGAACCCCAACAUUCGCAAUGCUACCUACAGAUCACCAUUUCCUGGAAACAGCGACCCCCAUUCUCCAGUGAUGACAGAAUUUUACCAACCAAUUGGACAAGUACAUUCCCCACUCCUGGAAAAUGCUCUGCAGAAUCCGGAUCUCCGCAAUGUAUCAUUUAAGCAUCCCUUGCAGAGAAGUGCUUCUCCUUAUUCUCCUGUAAUAACACAAUUAGACCAGACAACUGAGCAAGGGCACUCCCCAAUACUAACAAAUGCUUUGCAGAAUCCGGAUAUUCGCAAUGCUUCCUAUAGAUCACCAUUACAACAAAGAAUGUCUCCAUAUUCACCUAUGAUAGCAGAGCAUGACCAGCUGACAGAGCAGGCUUAUUCUCCACUUUUGUCAAAUGCAAUACAGAAUCCGAAUAUUCGCAAUGCUACCUACAGAACACCAUUACAGAGAAGAUCCUCUCGGCACUCCCCAGUGGUAUCAGAGUAUGAUCAACUAGCAGGACAGGCUCCUUCUCCACUUUUGUCAAAUGCACUGCAGAAUCCGAAUAUUCGCGAUGCUACCUACAGAACACCAUUACAAAGAAGACCCUCUGGUUACUCUCCAAUGGUAUCAGAGUAUGAUCAACUAGCAGGGCAAGCUCCUUCACCACUUUUGUCAAAUGCAAUACAGAAUCCAAAUAUUCGCAAUGCUACCUACAGAACACCAUUACAAAGAAGACCCUCUGGUUACUCUCCAAUGGUAUCAGAGUACGAUCAACUAGCAGGGCAGGCUCCUUCUCCACUUUUGUCAAAUGCACUGCAGAAUCCGAAUAUUCGCAAUGCUACCUACAGAACACCAUUACAGAGAAGACCUUCUCGGUAUUCUCAAAGGAUGUCACAGUAUGAUCAUCUUGCAGGGCAAGCUAAUUCACCACUUUUAACAAAUGCAUUGCAAAAUCCUAAUAUCCGCAAUGCUUCUUAUAGAGUACCACUACAAAGAAGCAUGUCUCCCUAUGGCCCAGUGAUGACAGAGUUUGAUCCUAUAAUAGAACAUGGUCCAUCUCCUCUUCUGGCAGAUGCUUUGCAGAAUCCUCAAAUCCUCCAUGCUUCCUAUUUAUCACCUUUACAAGGACGAAGAUCUCCCUAUUCUCCAAUGAUGGCAGAUUAUGACCAGUCAGUAGAACAAGCUUCCUCCCCUGUUUUGUCAAAUGCCUUGCAAAAUCCUCACCUUCGCAAUGCUUCCUAUAGGCUACCUGAUGGGACUAUUGUAUUUCAAAACCCUGACUAUGCAACAGAACAAAUUUCUUCCCCAAAUUUGUCAAAUGCUUUACAGAAUCCUCAACUACGUAAUGCUUCAUAUAAGCUAGCUGAUGGCUCAGUUUUAAGAAGAAAUGGUGGACAGCAUCAACCAUCCUCUCCACUUUUGUCAAAUGCCCUUCAGAACCCACAACUUCGCUCUGCUUCAUAUAGGCUACCAGAUGGAUCAAUCCUAUCAAGGAACACACAGCUUCAACCAUCCUCUCCACUUUUGUCAGAUGUUUUGCAGAACAAACAGCUUCGGAAUGCUUCCUAUGUACUUCCAGAUGGAUCAAUCUUAUCCAGAAAGAAAAAUCAAAUUUCCUCCCCAGUAUUGAGAAAUGCCCUCCAGAACCCACAGCUACGCAAUGCUUCAUAUAGACUCCCUGAUGGGUCAAUCCUAAUCCCAAAACAGAAAGUCUCAUCUCCACUUUUGUCAGAAGCGUUAAAGAACCCUCAAGUUCGCCAUGCUUCCUACAGACUGCCGGAUGGGUCUAUCGUAAUUAGAAACAAUGACGGACCAUCUCCUCCUUUUUUGACUGAUGCACUGCAGAACCCUCACCUACGCAGUUCUUCCUACAAACUUCCCUCAGGAAUGACACCACACCCUGAUGAUCCAAGAUAUGCAGUGGUUAUGCCUCAGAGGAUGGGAACAGACCACCUUCGGCAACACUGGGCUCAAGGUCAUACAAGAGAGGGUCAGGAAGAUGAAGACGUGUGGUCAUCAGAGAGAAUCCUUCCUCAUCAAACUGUGCAAAAUCUCACAAAAUGGUCAAUGUACAGGGAUGAAAGCUUAAUGGGCCAUCUUACUCCUCUUUCUUCUGACCAUGAUGCACAAGUUCUUGAACCUGAGUGGGCACCAGACAGGGAAGGUGAACCUAAAGGGCAGUGGUAUGAUAAGAUGUACACCAUCCGAAGUCUGCCAACAAUGAGAUACAGAGAGCUGGCUGAGGAAGAUGGGAUUGAGGACAUGACACAGCUGGAAGAGCUCAGUGAAGGUGCUGUGUUGUUAAAUUUGAAGAAAAGGUUUGGCCAGGAGCUGAUUUAUACAUACAUUGGCAGUAUCCUGGUGGCUGUAAACCCUUACAAGAUGUUUAACAUCUAUGGAACAGACAUGGUGCUGCAGUAUGAGGGACACGCACUGGGAGAGAACCCCCCGCAUCUUUUUGCUAUUGCAAAUAUCUCUUACACAACGAUGAUGGAUGCCAAACAGAAUCAGUGCAUUAUUAUCAGUGGGGAAAGUGGCUCAGGCAAGACAGAAGCUACAAAACUUGUUCUGCGAUACUUAACAGCGAUACAUCACAAGCGAAAUAUCACACAACAGAUCCUUGAAGCAACUCCCCUCCUAGAAUCGUUUGGAAAUGCCAAAACAGUCCGGAAUGAUAACUCAAGUCGGUUUGGGAAAUACGUGGAAAUUUUUUUGGAGGAGGGUGUGAUCAGCGGUGCCAUAACCUCACAGUAUCUACUUGAGAAGUCUAGGAUUGUAUUUCAGGCCAAACAUGAAAGAAAUUAUCACAUUUUCUACGAGAUGCUUGCAGGCCUUCCUUCCCCACAGCGGCAGUCAUUCUACCUUCAGGAGGCAGAAACCUACUAUUACCUCAAUCAGGGUGGUGACUGUGAGAUCCCAGGGAAGAGUGAUGGGGAGGACUUCCACAGGCUGCUCAAUGCCAUGGAGAUCCUCAGCUUCAGCGCUGACGACCAGAACAGUAUCUUCAGGAUUCUGUCCUCUAUUCUGCACCUUGGGAAUGUGUUCUUUGAGAGAUACGAGACUGAUUCCCAGGAGGUGGCGUCAGUAGUGAGUGCUCAGGAAAUUCGUGUGGUGGCUGAAUUGCUCCAGAUCUCACCAGAAGCACUGCAGAAAUCUAUCACCUUCAAAGUAACGGAAACAAUGAGAGAGAAGAUAUACACUCCUCUGACAGUAGAAAGUGCAGUUGAUGCCAGAGAUGCAGUUGCCAAGAUCUUGUACUCCCUUCUGUUCAACUGGCUCACAGACAGGAUAAACGGGGUGGUUUAUCCAAGAAAUGACACCCUGUCUAUCUCCAUUCUUGACAUUUAUGGAUUUGAGGACCUUACAUUCAACAGCUUUGAACAGCUCUGUAUCAAUUAUGCAAAUGAGUACCUGCAGUUCUUUUUCAAUAAGAUUGUAUUCAAGGAGGAGCAGGAUGAGUACAUUAGAGAGCAGGUCAGCUGGAAUGAAGUGACUUACAGUGACAAUCAGCCCUGUAUUGAUCUCAUUGCCUCAAAGCCACAUGGGAUACUUAAAAUCCUAGACGAUCAGAGCAGCUUCCCUCAGGCCACGGACCACACCUUUCUUCAGAAGUGUCACUAUCAUCACGGCAACAAUCCUCUCUAUGCAAAGCCAAAGAUGCCCCUGCCUGAGUUCACCAUAAAGCACUAUGCAGGAAAAGUCACUUACCAGGUUCACAAGUUCCUGGAUAAAAAUUAUGAUGUGCUGCGCCAGGAUGUUCUUGAUCUCUUUAUUCAGAGCAAAAAUAGGAUGGUGGCAAACCUCUUCAGGAACCAUGCUGAAUUCCUGGGCCAGCAAAAGUCCUACCUGAGGAAGAACAGCACAGUGACACGCCGCUACCAGGCCUCCACAGUGGCUGCCAAGUUCCAACAGUCCCUCCUGGAGCUGGUGGAGAAGAUGGAGAGGUGCAACCCAUUUUUUGUGCGCUGUAUAAAGCCAAACAAUAACAAGGAUCCUGAUGUGUUUGACAUGGAGUUGGUCAGCACCCAGUUACGCUACUCUGGAAUCUUAGAAACUAUUCGCAUCAGGAAGGAAGGAUACCCUGUCAGAGUGCCCUUUGAAAUCUUCCUCAACAGGUAUAAGGCCCUGUUGGGUCUACAACAAACCCCUCCAGCUGAUGGAGAGAACUGCGUCAUCAUGCUGAAGAAGUUAUGCCCGGUUAAAAAAGAGGCCUAUCAGGUGGGAGUCACGAAGCUCUUUAUGAAAGAGGACCUGCACCAGCUUCUGGAAAGCAAGAGAGACCGUGUGAGGCAUGUGGCGGCCAUCACUCUGCAGCGGUAUGCUCGCAUGUUCUUCGUCCGAAGGAACUUUCUGGUUUUCCGCAUGAAGAUCAUUCGAUUCGAGGCCCACUGUCGUGGUUUUCUUACCAGAAAACGCUACUUGAAGAUGAGACAAAGCUUGAUCAAGUUCCGCUCUUUCGUCCUCCUGUACAUCAAUCGCAAGAGAUACAUCCAGACAAGGCUGGAGACUCUGAGACAGGCAGAAGAAGAAAGGAUGAGAAUUGAAAUGGAGCUGUCAAGACGAGAAGUGGUCAAUGUCACUCACUUGGCCAUUCCUGCAGAGCUUGGAGGGUUAUUACAAGCAACAGCAGCGGGCAGAGAGCUUCACUCAGAGUGCCUUGCUCUGGUUCAGGCACCAAAGAUACAGGUAGAAUCUGAGCUCACACUGCCUCUCGACAUCAACAAUUACCCCAUGUCCAGAUUUGUCCAGGCUCAGUUCAGGGAGCCAAAGUUUGGAAUGUUGACUGCCCCAUUAGGAAUGUCUCUCACACAUGUGGAUGAGGAUCUAAGUCAGGAGGCGCUCAGCAUCUUCAUAAUGAUUUUAAGGUUCAUGGGUGACCCUCAUCUCAAUGGAGCUCAGGAGAACCUGUUUGGCAAUUACAUCAUCCAGAAGGGGCUCUCCACACCAGGACUGCGAGAUGAAAUCUUGUCUCAAAUUGCCAAUCAAGUCUGGAAGAACAAUAACUUAGUCAACUCAGAGAGAGGGUGGCUGCUCAUGUCAGCCUGUCUGAGUGCAUUUGCCCCAUCAGAGAAAAUGGAUAAGUAUCUUCUAAAGUAUGUCUCAGACUAUGCCUACAAUGGCUACAAAGCUGUGUGCCAACACAGGCUCAUCCAGGCCAUGCAGAAGUCCAAAUAUGGACCGGAAACAGCUAGGACAUAUCCACUGUCUCUGCUGGAGUGGACUGCCAACAGGAAGAGAGCAAACAUGGUGUUACAAGUGCACUGCUUUGAUGGGGCAUCCUUCCUAUGUCCUCUACACUCAUGGACCUGUGGGGAAGACCUGUCUGGGGACAUACUACAGCACAGGGGGGUGACAGAGGGCUGGAGAGGUUGGUCCAUCCUCAUGAAGGAACAUGGCCAGUGGGUAGAGCUGGAAGGACACGAUUACGUCAUGGACCUCAUCUCUGACAUGGAGCUGCUGACCGACUUCCCCAAGCAGAAAUCGUACUUCAUCAUCUCCUCUGAGGACCCCUACAGGACCCGGCCCAAUGCCACCAUUAGUCUCUUCGGGAGUGGGUUUGAGUCAGAUGAGGACAGCCCCCUGGCCCACGCCAUGAGGCGCCCAGCCAUGCCUAGCUCCAGCCUUCCCGACUCAGAUGGGUACUACAGCCACGUGGAGGCAGACAGCCUCAGUGAAGGUCCCAUACAGAAGGGCAUGGACCGGUACCUCGACAGCCUCUUUGACCCAGUGCUGUCCUACGGCAAUGGGGACCUGGAGAGACCAGCCAGCAUGUCCAACAGGAUGAAGGGGGGUGGAGGGAUUGGAAGGGGUGACAGUGAUAGGCAGCCAGGUGCCAGUGGGCCUUACUCCUCAGGGUGGCAGUCUGGCGCGGUGCCAGUGCUGCCGAUGGUAGGAGGAGUCAUGCCAGGAAUACCACCGAUGCCAGUAGUGCCUGUUAUGCCAGUGAUGCCCAAUGUGCCAGCCGUACCCGAUGUGCCAGGUGCAGAACAGACUGUACUGGCACAACAGCAGCAAGCCAUUAUCAAUCAACAAGCAAUAAUUAUGGCUCAGCAGAUGACUAUGCAGGCCAUGGCCAUGGUCACCAGUCCAAUGACAAGCCCACUGACCAGCCCACCCACCAGCCCACUGGUUAGCCCAUAUGCCAGCUACCCUGCCAGCCCCUACACCAGCCACCCCACCAGCCCCCAGGUUCAGCGAAACCCUCCCAAGAGUUUGACUCCUCUGCCUCGAGCCAGCACAACCACACCAACCAAUCCAGCAGGAAAAGGCAGCCUUUCCCGCAAGCAGGCCCCUGCUCCACCUGUGAAAAAAGCCUCCCCACACAAAACUGUUCCCUCCCCGGGCCCAAGUCACACAGUGCCACCGGAGGACGUGGUGAAAUCUUCCACCACCAACUCAGAGCACAUAAUGCCAAGCCACAACAUCAAGGACAUCAUCAAACAGUACCAGACACCUCCCCCAGCCCAACCCCCAGAGAUAAAAAAGAAGGAGGGGAAGGUGUUUGUUAAGAAGAUGGACCCCCACGAUGAAGCCAUGAUGAUCUUAAAAGGACAGAUGAGUGCUCAGCCACCCCCUAAGCAGCAGAAUAAGCCCCCUGCCCCUGCUGCAGCUCCAGUGAAGGAAGAGAAGCCGGCUGCUGGAGGGAUGAAACCAGCCCGGAGCAGCAUCGCCAGGAAACCUCAGGCCCCAACGCCAGUGGGUCUCCAGAGGGGCCCUGGCCCUGCACCCCCACCAGUGUCUAGGGAGCUCCCAGUGGAGGAGGAGACCAUACAGACCCAGCUGCACCGGAGGAGCAGUGAGGAGCACUACACCUACACAAACGUGCCCUGGAAGAUGUACCUGAGGAAGGAGGUUUUCUACCCAAAGGACAGCUUUAACAAUCCACUAGUUAUGGAUCUCAUAUUUAAGCAGAUAGUCAAUGACACUUUUUCAGAGGCAUGCAUACGCAUCACCAAAGAGGAAAGGCUGAAAAUGAAAUCUCUGUUUGCGGAACAUCAAAUCGAGCCAAGCUCAGUCGCCCACGAUGAGACCGUGAAGAAGAAGAUUGUCACUGCCGCCAGGGAUUCCUGGGAGAUUUACUUCUCACGACUGUUCCCAGCAUCUGGGAGUGUGGGUACUGGGGUCCAGGUCCUAGCUGUAUCACACAGAGGGAUCAAACUUCUGAAGAUGGUAAAGAGCAGUGCUACUGCCCCAGAUUACUUCAGAGUCUUGCGGCCUUACAGCUACACAGAUAUCAUGUUUGUCACAAUCCCUUCAAAGAACAUGCUGGAGUUCAAUCUGAACAAUGAGAAGCUCAUCUUGUUUUCUGCUAAAGCUCCACAUGUCAAAAAUAUGGUUGACUACUUCAUCACAGAGCUAAAAAAGGAUUCAGACUAUGUGGUUGCAGUACGAAAUUAUAUCACAGAUGACAGGACUCUUCUGAGCUUCCAUAAGGGCGACAUCAUCAGACUGCAGAUUAUGGAGGGCCUCCAAGAAGGCCACUACUAUGGCUGCAUUGUAAGAAAGAAGGUGAUCUUCCUGGAGGAAUUAAAAAAAGAUACACCUGACUUUGGCUGGAAGUUUGGGGCGAUCCACGGCCGCUCAGGGAUCUUUCCCGCGGAGUUUGUCCAGCCCGUAGCUGCUCCAGACUUCAUCAGCUUGCCCACGAACAGGAAAGAAGAGCCCAGGAACAAGCAGGGCCGGGUGGCUGCAUCUGCAGCCGUGGCUGUGGCUGUGGGUUCAGCCAUGGCGGCCCAUGAGCUGGAUCGUACCAUUGAGGUGGCACCCACUGGCAAUGAAUUCACAGAUGAUUAUGGUGACUAUAGUAGCAUGGACAUAGAAGAGAAGAUGCUGCAAGGCAGCCAGUAUAAUCUAGUAGAGUUUGCCAAGAAAUACUUCAGAGAGGCCCAGAGGAAGAAGAGUGAUUCAUAUAAACAGAAGUCAAAGAAAGGCAAGGAUUCCAGAGAGCCAUCUGACAUGGUGAAAUACACCAAGUCUCCAAUUCAGGAGUCGUUGAUAGACUUCACCGAUGAAAACAUGAACAAAGUGGCAGCAGACAUUUUCCUGGCUGUGAUGAGGUUCAUGGGAGACUCUCCUCUCAGAGGCCAGACAGAGCAAGAUGCCGUCUGCACAUUUCUGAAGCUCAUUGGAGAAUAUGGACUGAUGAAGGAUGAGGCUUACUGCCAGGUCCUUAAGCAGAUUACCGCCAACACCAGCUCAAAAGCAGACAGCUGCCAGAGGGGCUGGAGGCUGCUGUAUAUUCUCACUGCAUAUUACCGCUGCUCUGAGGUGCUGAAGCCCUUCGUGUUCAAGUACCUGCAGGAUGUCUGCAGGAGCCCAGGAGUACUCUUCCAAGGCAUUGCUAAAGCCUGCGAACAGAACCUGAGGAAGACCUUUCAGUACGGUGGGCGGAGCGUAUUCCCCAACAGUAUGGAGCUGAAGGCCAUGAUGGCUGGCCGAAGCUCCAAGCGGCAGCUGUUCCUUCUCCCGGGAGGAAUUGAGCGUCACCUUAAAAUCAAAACAUGUUCAAUUGCUCUUGAUGUCAUUGAGGAGCUGUGUUACGAGAUGGCCCUGCAAAGGCUUGAAGCCAUGGAUGAAUAUGCCAUUUUUGUGGUCACAACCAGAGGUCAGAAUGUCCGCCCACUAAACAAGAGGGAGUACAUCCUGGAUAUUGCCACAGAGGCUGAACAAAUCGACAGUAACUACAGCUUCUGGUUCAGAAGGGUGAUCUGGUCCCAACCGUUAAAGUUUGACAAUGAGCUCUGCGUCACUGUGCAUUACAAUCAGGUGCUUCCAGACUACCUGAAGGCCCUGCUCAACGUUCUCCCCCAGGGGAAGGUCAGCGAGCAGCUGUUACAGCAGGUCUCCAAGCUGGCUGCCUUACAACACCGCGCCAAGGACAGCAUUUACCUCCCUACCAUGCGCGAGGCUCAGGACUGCAUCCCUCCUCAGCUGUAUGGGCAGCAGCGGCCACAGCAGUGGUUGAACAUGGUGACACAGCACAUGCAGCAGGUUCAGGCCCUGAGCCCUCACCAAGCCAGAGCACAGUUCCUGGGGCUGGUCAGUGCCUUCCCCAUGUUUGGCUCCUCCUUCUUCUACAUCCAGAGCAGCAGCAACAGCUCUAUUGUGGCCCCUUGUUUACUGGCUAUCAAUCAGAAUGGACUGAAUUUCCUCAAUAAAGACACCCAUGAGCUUAUGGUGAAGUUCCCGCUGAAGGAAGUGCAGUCCACUCGUACACAGAGGCCCUCGGCAGGGUCCAGCUUUCCAUACGUUGAGAUCAUGCUGGGGGACCUGAUGUCUCAGCGCAAAACACAGCUCCAGCUUGAGCAGGGCCUGGAACUGUGUCGUGUUAUUGCCAUGCACAUGGAUAACCUGCUCUCAGUACGGGAGAAAAGACUGACUCUGCCCCCUAGCGAAAUUACCCUGCUUUAAAAUGGCCUCCUCCGGUAAAGGGUUGAGCCACACA